CAACUAACAUCCGUAGUGUCAAUAUUUUUGCAAGUUAACCGUUGUUUAUUAUGUAAAAUAUACGAAUAUGGCGAAUCUUUUCGAACUUUUCGAAUCGCCAAAGGUAAAUAAUGAUGCAAGGAGCAAAAAUGAGGAAUGUGCCGAGAUGUCAUACUGUAAUUCAAAGACUGUGUAUAUGUGUGACGAAACCGAGCAACAAAUGAAAGCAGACGCAGCCGUUCAGUUUCAAAACAAAGAUGGCGCGAAGUCAUGUGAAACACUGGGCAUUCGAAAUGAAUCAAAGUGCAAAACUCUUAAAGAAGACAUAGCAGCUUCAUUUACUAUACCCAAACUUAACAGAACACAUGUUGGCCUGUUCAGGAAGCUUUCAAUGGAAUCCCAUGAGUACCAGCAGGAAAUCCUUCCGGUGGUUACCAAGAGUUACCGACACUCUGCAUCACACAGGAAGUUUUCAUUUGUUGGCGUUCAGUCGGUCAACAAUCCUCAACUCUUGCAUGCCUACUUAGAGAAGAAGAAAGAGUUGAAGCAGAAUGGAUACACAGAGCGAGAGCUAGCUGACAGUUUUGCAUUCCUUCUGGUAGAAUCGGAUGAAGAGGUUAGAAAAAUUUGUCAAGAAGGCAUAAAAAUAGGAAAUUUAUCAUCUUCAGCCAUUGGCCAUUCAAGCAUGGGUGUACAGCUGUGCCGUCACGCUGACGUUCUGAGGCCAACGCCUCUUCCCAUUUACAUGCGGGGACAGCUGGUUGUAUUCAAGAUAAUGAAGGGUCAUGUGAAGAUGGUAUCCGAAAACUAUAACUGUAAUCUGGAGCCGACGCCAAACCACGACUGUCAUGUUUACAAGGGAAGCACACUAGACACAUCUACACAGAUACAGUUGGCUCAUCUCUUCGAGACCACACAGAUCUAUCUGUAUGAAUAUGGCGAUCUGAGUGUUGAAGAGAAGCCCCGUCAUGUUUGUCCCAAUGCCGUUGUCAUGUUCAGCUACAGGGAUGAUCUGAAACAUUCCAAGUCUGUAGACGCAGCCAUUCCAAACAUCCGACCAAGCACUCCAAGUUGGUCAGCACCUUCAAGAUCAUGUUCGUUGAAGGAGAAUAGAGAUGAAUUUGUCGUGUGGUCGGGAAAGCUCUGCAUCCAAAGUCUUUGUACUUGUCACAUUGAAAUGGUUUCCCAGGCGGACCGCGUCAAGCCAGCAAAACUUGGGUGUGUUCUGAAUAUCACAAAGAAGUGUUCGCUUGUUGCUGCAAGAAAUAAAUAUUUCAGUCAACUGUCCACAUUGCAGAAGAAUGCAGAAGUCUUCUCUAACGGCAACUUCAUCAAUGUCACAGAGUUACGCCCGACACUUGAAAGCCGGCAGCCUUUCCAAAAAGUGAUGACGUACCUAGGCAAAAACGACAGUAUGGCCGUACUGAAGCCAAAUGAAGAUACUGUGCUACUGCUGAUGCCCGACUGUUCUCUCAGCUACACGUUAGGUCUUACAAAGCCACAUCAGUAUCCAGUUGUGUUACACUGCAUUUUCAUAUCAAAGAAGUCGUGCCGAUUUACAAUGCCACGAAACAACUUAGUUACUUCCCAGUUACAGCCGGCUGUGUCUUGUGGGGAGCCCAGAGAUACAACGAGUGAUUUCCUUGAUCCCUUGCAAAUAACUGUGAAAUGCAGCGUGACCGGACCUGAGACACUGUCUGUUCAGAGUGAAAAUCUACAUCCUUCAUUCCCGUUAUCCCCAUCCCACUUGCUUCGAUCUCCUGGCAAGUCUAAGACGGGACCUGCUGAAUGUGUGACGCCCUCGAAGAGAACUAAUGUCAACAGUGUGGACACAUGCUCACAGGGGGAGCUCUCCCGUCUGAUGUCACCCGGAGAAAACGAAGCAAAACAGAUUCAGGAAACCCCAACAGUCGGUUCACCUUCUGGAUCGCCGCCUGUCUAUCCCCUCUGGAAGUACCUUGGCUCACCUCCGACCUCACUUUACCCACCUCCAACCUCACUUUACCCGCCUCCUCCACCCCCACCCCCUCCUCCACCACCGCCACCACCACCACCUCCUCCCCUUCCUCCUCUUCCUCACAGUCCCCCAGGUUAUCUAGCGACAUCUUCCCCAACUAAAAGACCCUGCGGUCCCAAUCCGCUUGUGACAUUGUCUCCGCUGUGUUCCUUUCUACCCCAGAUGACGUCCACUUCGUUUGCAUCGUUUGUUCCUCGACCACCGGCGCCACUGUCUCCCGUGUCGCAGAUGUGCGGGGUGUCGAAUCAGCUCCUGCUGGGCCCUGCCCGAAAUUCUUUACUCUUCCAGAGAUCACGAUCUCAUUCUUCGUCUGGUGACGGGUUCCAAGUAAUGAUGCCGAACCCAGGAUAUGGCUCUCCACAGAAGCCGGUAUCACCUCUACACAGGAGUCUUUCGGUGCCUGACACAUCCUUCCUACACGACCCUCCGCGACUUGCCAGACUCUCCGAGGUCCCUGUCACAUUCGACGAUGAGUUCACCAUGCACGAGUCGCCGAGUAACCGCCCGCUGAUAAGGUCGAACCUGCGUGACCUGUUCACGGCUCAGUACAUCCUUCAGACAGAGAUCAGGAAGCUGAGGGAGAACAGUGCCAAGAUGGCGGACAGCUGUGUGGAGCAGGACGCGACCAUCACUUCCACCAGCACAGACCUUACGGACGGUGGUGGGUCGAUUCCAACACUGGACAAACUGUCGUCACCAUCACCAUCGAAAGUGAAAACAGCCGUGGUCAACGAACCUCCUCAGUCCGAUUCUGAAAUAGUCGAGAAGGAGGUAGACCAUGCCAAGCAGGACGGAUUGACGGAAUGCAGUCGUCAUCAUGAAUCAGCCGAUGUCAGAAAGCCGAAAAGUAACGGAGUGCACUGCAGCAGUGAGGAUGAGAGGGAGCCGUCUGGGAAGACUUACGCAGCUAGUGCGGCCGACAUGAGGACCCUGCUGGAGAAACGUCUGGCCGUGGAUGAGGGCAGAGUAACAAAGCCCAGGGACGAGUGUCUGCCCAAGGCGAGCGAGGGGUCCACGGAUCUGUCGCUGGACGACUCGGCCAAACUGUCGGCCACGCUGCGCACCGCUCAGGACAUGAAGCAGUUUCUCAACUCUUCACUCUUAAAGGAGCCGACCAAACAGCCACCGGCCAAGAAGAAUCUCAAGCUGUACACAGAGAGCAAACUAUUGUCACCAGUUGCAUCACCAAGGAAGCCCAAGAUUAAACACUGGCUGAAAGCAAAUGAAAGAAAAAUACUUCCUAAUGCCAUAUAUACAGUUCUUCCAGGAUUUGUGACAAGUACAGAGGCAAAAAAGAUCAAGAAAAUUCCUAAGAAAACUCAUCUAGAGCCUUCAUCAUCCAAUUCUUCUGUAGAGGAUACUAAAUCAUUAUCAUCUAACACCGCUUCAAAUGAUAGCAACUCACCACAACACAAAGAUGUAGAUGCAAACCAUACAUAUCAUGCUUCAGAUUCUCUUUGUGAAGAGACACAUGCUGAGCUUCACUCACCUUUGUUGUGCAAUAUACUGGAAAUGAAGUCGGCAUCGAGAUGCAAUACAGAUGCACCUUCAGAGUCCAACACAUCUUCUGAUACCAAAGGAAAUAGCUUGUUUAACCCCUGUACAAAAGGAAGUAGUUUACAUGACCUUCAAGCAUCGAGCUGUGAUACAGAUGAUCCACCUUCAGAGUCAAACACACCUUCUGAUACCAAAGGAAAUAUCUUGUUUGACUCCAGUACAAAAGGAAGUAGUUUACAUGACUUUCAAGCAUCGAGCUGUGAUACAGAUGAUGCACCUUCAGAGUCAAACACACCUGCUGAUACCAAAGGAAGUAUCUUGUUUGACUCCAGUACAAAAGGAAGUAGUUUACAUGACCUUCAAGCAUCGAGCUGCAAUGCAGAUGAUGCACCUUCUGAGUCCAACACAUCUUCCUGUACCCAAGGAAGUAACUUGUUUGACUCCAAUACAAAAGGAAGUAGUUUACACGAGCUUGAAGUGACAUCGGCUGCAGUCUGUAGUGACAGUGUGACAGAUCCAGGUGUCGCAUCCAGUGUCUUCGUAGCCGAUGGUGAUCGUACAUCAAUUAGUAAUCAUUCACCUCCUUGUGUUCAAGGUGGUGAGAAACACACACAGUCCUCGCAAGAGGACCUAGUCACUGAGUCGAAUAUGAUCUUAGAAAAAUAUUAUCCCAAUGUGCUGCCCAUUAUUUUAAAGAAUCCAUUGUUUACAAAAGAGGCCACUGAUGAGUCUGGUAGCAUUGAUGCUGUAGAUUCGGUGACAAAAACUGAAUUACCUCCUGUUGAUGAGAGAGUGGAUCACUGGUCCGGUUCACAGCUUCAACACAUGAAUCUGGUUCACCCUCGUUUGCCUAGAAUCAAGAUCGAGAACACGUACUGCAGCCAGACGGUUGUCCCAGCUACUGAUGUGAUGAAUGAGGUCACACACGUAUUGCAUGGUGAGAAUGUUGAACAGCUUGGCAAGUUAAACAAGCCCUUCAUUGAGAGUAUUCGUCGAGUGCUUCACGACUGCAUGGCCCAGAAAAAGAAUGAUGUGAGACACGUGGAGAGGACACCCAUUCGCUAUGGAAACACUUCAUCCACAGGUAACGGAACUGAUCAGGUCAUGACACAGGAUGCUGAUGAUGUGGCCGAUAUAAAAGAAAUGUUCAGUCAGGAUGAUCAACACAAUGAUGAUGUGCAACGGUUCAAAGAAUCGUUUAGUUCAUAUGAUCAACCUGAAGAUGACCACAGUCCCUCUGGAGACAUUAGCAGUAAAGAUGAUAACAGUCCAGUUCGAAAUGGUUCCGAAACUUGGUUACGUGGGUCUGUUGUUGUCGGUUGUGAGGACCUUAAAGUAUCCGUUCAGCUAGGCCGCCAAGAAAACAAUAAUUCAGAGUCGUACUCAAAGGAAAGCAUCGAAGCCCAUGAAAUGGAUGUCAGUGCAGUUGACAAGGCUUUUGAAGCCAGCAAUGAAGUGCUACAAGAAAAUGACACGUUCUUACAAGAGAGGAACAUAUCUCCUGGUGAUGCCGAAUCUCACGAAGGAUCGGGUCACGCUAAAUGUGUGCCAAAUAAGAUUGUUUUGAAAGAGUGCCACGUGGUGGUAACGGACAUCAUGAAGGAAAAUUUGCAGCCAGGUUCUCUUGGUGAUGGAAAUAAAGUGGCGAGUGUGUACAAGUCCAGUCUGGCUGUGGAUGGAAGUGGCAGAUCGGUGUUACAUCAAAGGAGUGAGCAGCAAGUCAAAUCCGAGUUCCUCAUCUAUGGGUGUAAUAACAAUGCAGCUGAAGACCUUUCAGAUCCCAGUGAUGAUUGCCAAACUAAGAGAAGUGAAUUUUCCACAUGUCCCAGUUCUGGAAGUUCUGAGAUCCCUAGUGAGAUGAAAGAUGAAAAACCAAUAAAGAAGGUAACAUUCGAUCUGCUGGAUCAACCCAUAACAGACAACCAACGGAAAAGUCCUGGUGGCACCAGGACUGAUAAAUAUGUAAAGAUGUCCGAUAUGGAGAAAAAGCUUACUUCGGGAACUUUCCCAUGCAUGCAGAAAGAAGGAAAUGGUUAUGAAUCAAAAGAGAAAAGCAAAUCCGAAAAUUCCGACUUGGACUUGAAUUCGUCCAAAAAGGGGAACAAGAAUGCUAAGAAAAGCAAAUCUGCAUCAAAUAUAAGUCGAACAUACCCAAACACUGAAAGAAAACUUCAGAGAAUUUCAUCAAUUGCAGACGCUGUGACCAAGGUUCAAGAAAAAAAAAUUCUGUCGCCUAUAAGAUACAAAUUAUCACAUUCGGUGAAAAAGCCAGCAACUGUAAUCAAUUCACUGAAGGUUUCUCCCCAGUUGUCUUCGAGGAAUGCCAAACGAAGGCGAACAAAUGUCAGCCUGUCUGAAGACAAAACCACAAAAUACUCUCAAGAAAACUGCGAGCAGAAAACAUCUGAAAUGCUGAAAUUGACUGGCAGUCCAGAAACAGGUGCUUCAAAGCCUUUCAAGAUACCCAAGAUUGACAGGAGCAAAGAUCAACAAUCUGAGUCAGGAUCCUUGUUCGAGAAAGCAUUACUUAACGUACAGUCCUCCCUUCCAAGCAUACGGUCACACUCACAUGAUUUCCACGUUGAGCUGUCUGAUCUGGAAGUGAGUCGCCAGAACUGUGAGCAGUCUUCUGCGGCAGAAUCGUCCAGAGGUGCGCAUCGACAUAGUUCAUCACAGCCAGAUUCUUCCAGGACGUGCGACCAGUCAGAAGGCAGGUCUCAUGAAAGCAGUAAGAGUAACAAGAACAAGAAAACCAAUCGAGGAGACGCCCCCACCAUAAGUAAUUUUUCCCAUAGGUUGGCUUCUACAGUAAAAACGUUAUCCACACGUCGCGUGACUGAAAGCAGACUAGUCCGUAAGUUUCAUCCGUACAGACAAGAACGACGGACACCAAAAGAAUGGGCUACAUUUAAUUUGAACGUCAGUGACCUGGAUGUGUUGAUGGAGAACCUUACGACAUGCACGUACAAAACAUGGCGGCUCAGUACAAUGAAUAAUCAGUGCCAGUAUCGGUUCGGUGACUUCCGCAGAAGGAGAUUUGCUCGCUACUCCUUCUGGAGAAACCCGGAAAACAUGUGUCCGGAAAAUGAUGAAGAACAAUACAACUUCAGUGCAUGUGACAUUCCUGAGCUUGACGAUCGUCUUAGGAAAGCAGAAGAACUUGAUACUCUUCUCGAGCAGUUCAUAUCCAAUGGUCCAGACUGUCCGCUGCCCGAUGAGUUUCAGAACCAGCCAUACAAGUUUACAGAUGAAAUUGCAUCCACACAAAAGAGAGAGACCAGUACAGUAGAGGACACUACAUUGAUCAGCAAUUCAUCGAACAAGAAUUCUGUAAGCUUUGCCAAGGAAGACACAUCUGUGGGACCAGUCGAUUCUCUACCCAUACGAAAUAACACAUUACUGUACGGGCAGGACAGCACGGACCUUGUCGCUAGCAAUCCAUCUAGUGGUGAUGUCCACCGAGUAAGAGAAAGCUACAAUGAUGAAGAUUCACGGAGCAGUGGUUCGGCUUCAGGACGUAGAUGCUUGAGAGAAGAUGACUCGUAUGCCAAGAAGCCAGUAGUUAAAUCGUCUCGGUCAAUUAGUGAUCUGAAUAGCUGUCCGACAGGUAAAAGAACUGAAGAUUGGUUUUCUGACAUAGUGCCAAUCAAAUCAGAGCCACGUAAUUCUGUAGAUGGCUUCUUUGAAGACCUCAUUCAACCCAGGCAAAGUGAAGUAGAUUGCAAGCGAUCACUCCUACCUGAUGACAGUGGGUUCAAUAAUGAAAAACAGACAGAAUCCCAGGCUGGCACAUCUGCCAGACAGAGUGAAACUGAAUACUGGUUUACAGGUGUUCUGGAACCUAAAAGAGAACAUGUGCAUUCUAAUGGUGUUCAGUCAUCACUGCUUACAUCAGCUCUUCCUCAAGAAAUCUCAACCAGAUCCCAAGAAUUAGAGCACAAUGAUGCAUCACUGCAAGAUACAAGACGAAGAAGUGAAAAGUUUGCUUCGGAAUGUUACUCUGUAACCGUGCCCAGACCAUCCGAUGUAGAUCUGCCACCAUUAAUACAUCAUCGGAUUCUGUCAGACAUAGUUCAUAAUGAGGAACAUAUCACUGGUGGUAUGGUUACAACCAGACAGAAGUCCACAAUCGGUGACUUUACUUCAGACAGUGUAUGUGUUACAGAUGUUAAUGAUUAUUACUAUUCUGAUGAUGACGGUACAACGAGACUGUCUCAACUUGAUGGCGGCUCUAUUAAAACAGAGAACAGACAGUCGGGAUCGAGCUGGGUUGUAGAUGGAUUUCUUUCAUUUGAAGAGAACUAUUUAAAUGGGUUAUUCCAAAGUUCACCCAUUACUCAGAAGGAGUUCCAUGGUGAUCCAAGCAGUAGCAUGCAGAAUAAAAAUCAGAAUAAUUUGUGUGAUUCAAGGCUGAUAAGAGAAAGCACUCAUGUGAAAGAAGACAGAAACACAUCUCUGAAUAAUUUGUUGCAAGAUGAAACCGACGCACAACUAACCAAAGCUAAUACACGAAGUGCUUUUGCAGGACCUAAUUUGUGUAACGUGCACUAUAAUCGGAGAUCUCACCGCCACAAACAAGAUCAAAUUCAGCAUUGGAAAACAACAACUGAAACCUGCCAAGACAACCCACGCUUGCAGAAUCUGGUUCAAAUACCUGUGUAUGAGAGAACCUGGCAGCCAACAUCGGCUUCAGAACAACAGUUGACCACACAGGAUGAGCGAUAUGACCAAGUAGCUUGCGGCUCAAAUGAACACUCCAAUCAAGGUCGGGAUGAGAAUUUGGCAGCCAGGGAGAACGACAAUGGAAGGACUGGCGAGCUGUCGGCUGCUGGUGCGUUUUGGAAGAUGUGGAAUACCUUGACGGGGAACACCACCAAUGAAGACUCAUCCAAUGACAAGUAUGCAUCUGAUUUUCCAAGUUAUCCACAUUCUUCGUCUGGUGAUGUUCAUGUUAGUGAAGUAAAUGAGAACUGUUCCAGUGACAUGGAAAUUGACACGGAACAGGAACAGGUAUCUGUAAAGAUUGAAAAUCAAACGCAGGAAGCCAAAAUGGUUGUGAAAAAGAUGGACAAAGGUUCUCACCAUUCAGUCUCGGCUAAAAGGAAAAACAUUUCUCAGGACCGUAAGGACAGCAGAGUGGAUGCACAUUGUCAGUCAAGAAAACGACAGAACUCGUCCACUGUCACGCCAGCGCCCGCUGCUCCUGAGCAAGUAAAGAACUUAUUAAUGAGUAAUGCUGCUAAUGAACAAGCAGCAGAAGAUGAUUUGGAAUCCAAAUCCAGUUGUGAUGUGUCUCUGAGUGUUAGUGGCACAAAUCAGACACUUCAGGAACGAAUAGACGAGAUCCAUCUGGCAUGCGAGACGAUGAUCCCUGGAUUUGGUGAGACCACAGCCGACUCCUCGACUGGACAGUUGAGCGGUGGUCUGCCCCUGCCUUCAACGGAAGUGCUGGGCAACCUGAACUCACAGCUGCAGAAACUCAUCAGUCAGCUGAAGCAUUCGUCCCAAACAAAUGACUCGUCAGAGAUCAUCGGUGAUAAGACCAAAGAUGAACAGUCAAAGCCAGCCAGAAAAAAACGUUAUCGUACAACUGGACCUCAUCCCGACCGAUUCAAUAAGUGGGAGCACAUACUGUUUCCCAUCACCUUUGACCCUUGGAGAGACAUUGAUUAUAAAGCUGGUCCGAGUGUGGGGAAUUAUAUGUUGGUAAACAUAGACGAUAGCCCCGAGCAUGAUCCAAGGCGAAAUCGCAAGUUGAUUCGUGACUUCAAUGAUGGGAAACGUCCUGCACCUGGCGUUCAUCAGCAAAAGAUGAAUGUGAAAAACAAGCUACCUGAUAGCAGUGGUGAAAGGAUUCACAGCAUAUCAGUGUUCAAACCUUCUAUUGCCGAGCAGAUCAGCUGUCAUCCACGACAUCUUAAACAUUCCGAGCAAGCUAGAAAAAUGGGAGCUGAACCCACCAAUAAAAUUGCUCAUGGAAAAGGGGGAUCUAAAAAAGAGCAAAACACACUGGAAUGUGAAGUAAUCAGUAAUGGUAGAUCUGAAGUAAUACCUGGAAGAGCUAGAACUAAAGUAGAAGAGGGAAAACCUAUAUCUGAAAUGAAACAACAAAAAUCUAGGUCUGAAGUAGAACUUGGAAAACCUAGAUCUGGAAUGGAACAUGGGAAACCUAAAUCUGAAGUAGGACAGGAAAAACCCAGGUCUGGAAUGCAGGCUGGAAAACCUAAAUCUGAAAUAGAACAAGGAAAAAUUAGAUCUGGAAUAGAACAUGAGAAACCUAGAUCUGAAGUAAAACAAGAAAAAUCUAGAUCUGAAGUAGAAGACGGAAAACCUAGAUCUGAAGUAGAAGACGGAAAACCUAGAUCUGAAGUAAAACAAGGAAAACAUAGAUCAGCAACUGAACAAGGAAAACCUAGGUUAAAAACUGAAUCAGUAGAUCAGGGGAAAUGUGAAUCAGAAUUCAAAUGUAGAUUUGAAAUAGAAGAGCAAAGUGGGUCAAAAAGUGAAUGUGGAAAAUCUAGAUCUGAAACUGAACAAGGACUAUCUGUCUGGAAAGUACUAUCAGUACAUGAAAAAGCAAGCAGAAAAAUAAAACUUGAAAUAACAAAAUCUGAAACAAAACAGGACAAAUUAGGAAAGUAUGGUUUUGAAGGACACAGUCAAAAAAUCAAAACUGAACUAGUGAGUUUAAAGAAAGAUGGAUACCGAAUGAAGAAGGAAAUUGGAGAUGAAAGUUCUUUGACAAAUACAAUCCAAGCAGUCACUGGCCAGCCCUCUGAUAACCAUACAUUGCUGCAAAACACUGUGACAAAAUUACUUUCAUCCAAAAUAAAUGACGUUCCUUUGAGUGAUGCUAACAUGAAACAAAAAUCCAAAAUCCUUUGCACUUCACAUCUUAAAACAGACCAUGCAGUUGGAUCGUCAUCAUCGAAAACACUUUUGGGAUGUCUAAAUUCAGACAAAAGUUCUUUAGCCAUAUCCAUAUUGAGGUUAGCAAAAGAAAAUGCCUUAAGAAAAGAGAGUAUGCAUAGCACUGACUCUGGUUAUUCCACUGAGAGUUUUGCAAAUGACGGGGGCAGUUUACAGACGGACAGACUGAUGACUUUGAAACAGAGUUCUUCAGAAACCUCGGUGCAUCACAAUGUUGACCAUGUGCAAAGGCAUGAAUUUAUGACAUCAGAUAGAAGCCAUUCAGAAACAUUUUUAGAUUCUGAAAAUCGGGGAAUGACUCCUGUUGAUCCAGAAGAGCAUUUAGUGAGCAGCUGCUCUGUUUUGACUGUUGAUAAUCGACCAGUUACUUCAAAAAUGGGGACACAAAUGCAUCCUUUGCCUCUCCAUUUUGAAACUGAAGUUGGACAGACAAAAAACAAAAGCCAAAAAAUCAAUAAUAUUGCAUCCAGUAAUACUACAGAUCACUUGCCUGAUGAAAGUGAUUAUGAUGAGAAAAUGUUUGAAGACCAAAAUUGCAACUUGUAUGAUACAAAGCCAUUAGUCAUGCACAAUAAACAGGAUAUUCAGGGUGUCAAAUGUUUAAAUACCAACAACAGUGCAGAUUAUGCACAGCUUAAUUCAAGCAGUAGCAAAGUACCUGUUGAUGAAAUCAUUUUGAGUGACUGUCGUGAAAAAAGUAAGCUUCUAAAAACAGAUUUUUCUGAGAAUGAUUCAGACCCCAUGGAUAACAUUGUUGAAAACUUCUAUAGGGAACUAUCGUCCAUCAGUUCUGAUAGUGAUAUGAACAGCCCAUUAAAGAAAGGUUCAUUACAGAAAGUUGGCAACCAGAAGACAUGUAGAUUUCACCAAAAGGACAAUCCACUGCUAAUACUAAAAAACAAAUAUGAAAAUUCAAAGGUUUCUGAUGACACUUCAGAUUUCUCUGAGACUCUGAGACUAGAAAUGAAACUUCAGUCUUUCAAUGAUCUGCCUUUUCCUGUUGAAACGAGCUGUGAUCAAAAUAUGAAGCAUCAUUGUUCUUCAAGCAGUGUCCCCGACAAGAUGACAGAUGCUUGUUCAGUGAACAAAGAAGGUUUUACCAAUAUUUAUUCAUCUUCCAAAACCAGUUUUAACUCUGGUUCUAAUCACAACAGUUACAACACAACUGAUUCGGAUAAAGUGCAGAUGCCAUCUCCAAGACAAAUUAAGUGUGCCAUGCCAAUUUUCAGAAGGGUUACCGGAGAUGACUUUGAUUGUUCUGAGAGCCAGGAUCCACAUGGUGGGAGUCGUUUUGAAGAGUGUGGGUACGUCCAGGAUAAGCAGCACUCUAUUGGUGAUGACAACCGGGAAGGAAGACGACCACACUCCGAGGUUGUCGGUUCAAGUUCAGAAUGUCCUUACACAUUAAAGGACAUGUCUGAAGACUGUAAUACUUUAAAAAACAUUCUUUGUGAAUCCUCGUCAAACAGAGUAGCAAAACUUCGGUAUGCUGUUCACGAUUACACAUUUGCCGAUUCUAGUGCAGUGAAAACGCUACCCUACUUUUCUCUAGUCAGACAAUUACAGCCAAUACCAGAUCCAGUCUCAACUCCUGCUGCUCAGACAUUUCUGCAUCAAGAAAUGACUUCCAUCACUUCUCCUUUAACAAAAUUAUUAGACUCCGUGUCUUGUACAAGAGCUUUGCCUCUGCAUUCCCUAGGUGGUAUACCCAGUCCUUUAAGCAUUCCAUCUAAUCCUUCUGGUGGCAUUUCCAGUCAAAAUAUGUUGCCCAUGUGUUCCCUGGGUGUUUUACCCAAUCCUGUAACCAUAUCCUCUAAUACUUAUGGUGACAUUUCCAGUCAAAAUAUGUUGCCUAUGUCUUCCCUGGGUGUUUUACCCAGUCCUGUAAGAAUUUCAUCUAAUCAUUCUGGUGGCAUCACUAGUCAAAAUAUGUUAGCAUCAUCAGCAGUAGCAGCAUCAUCAGCACAAUCCUGGACAGUGCCUGGGAACAUCCACAUCAACAGUAGACUUAUGUAUAAACAAUUUCAAGUGUCUUCUCCACAAUCAGCAGUGUUUCACGAUGGAGGAAAUCUAGCUAAUACCGAAUAUUAUUCCAAACCUGACACGGCCCAUUGUAAGACAACUGAAACUCAGUUUGCUGGUGCCAAUCUAACUGAUGAAAAAUUAAAACCUCUAGGCACAGACAGUAGGCAUCAACAGGCAUAUCAGAACAAGAAGAUUCCAGAUUGCAGCAGGUUAAAGAAUUGCAGUCCAUAUCUGAGAGAUUGCCAGAUGGGUGAAUUGGAGAAUUGGCAGUCGGCUGAAAGAAACUGCCAGCUGAGCAGGUUAGGCAGUGCUGUUGAAACUGUACAAGAGAAUCUAUCAGCAGCCAAGAGAAUUUCUUCAGUUAGGGAAUCGAUGCAAGACGGAGGUGUGAUCAGUGUCGAUGAGACCGUCAUUCUCUACGGUCGAGCAGAGGUGUUUCAAAACCUGCUGUGCUGCAUGUACAACACGAAGAUGAAGACCGGCCACACCUGGAUUCUCACAAUUCACUCCAACAUUGUCAUCUUCCUUGCCAAAAUGAGGGACCACUCGGGCGACAGCAACAUGGAGAGUGAGGUGUGUCGGAAGAAGCUGUCGCUCAUCUCCACGUUCCGGACGUACGGCAUUGUCAAGCUCGUUUCUGGCUGCCGCUGCGACAAGACGGCAGAGAAGUAUGUUGCCCUCGCCAGAUGCCUGUCUCGCUUCAGACACGACCGACACAGGGACCUGCCACAUGCCAUCAUCCUCUCAGAGUUGCCCAUUGAAACGAGAUUCCCGCAGAUCUUAGAUGGGGACGAGCACGUGAUGUUUCUGAAAGUAGACGCCUUCAUCCAAAAAUUCCUGAUACAAAUAUAGCAGACUUGUCGAGGGUCCAGCAACUUUGUUGAAUUUCUUGCUGUCCUCGGAGGGACUGGCAUACUGGACCACUGCUUUAGCAGUGCAACCACAACAGAUAUUUAAUAUAUAUCACAGUCAAGAGUAGGGACCAAUGUUUUAUCAGUACAUAUAAACUAUUUAAUUUAUCUCACAAUCUGUGUAGGGAACUGUUUUAUUUAUAUCACUGUCUGUGUACCCUUACACUGUACUGGUAUUUUAAGUCUGGGUGCAUUUAAUAGUGACAAUUUCUGCCAGCCAGGAGGUUAUUUAGCAUUAUCUGGAUGCUUUUCCAAUUUCUGCCAGCCAGGAGGUUAUUUAGCAUUACCUAGAUGCUUUUCCAAUUUCCCCUUAAGUGUUUAAUUCAGGCUUAACAUGUUCGUAUUAAGAAAAACUGAAUCUUCACUGUCACAUUGGAAACUAAAAUUAUAAAAAAAAUUCUUUUAAGCUUACUCGAAACCUAUGACAAUCGAGUCUUGAAAUAAACCAUUUAUGGAUUACCGAAAAACUAAUUCAGGUAACUCAGUUUAUUUCUGCAUAACCUAUCAUGACCAUCUAAAUGUUCUAAAUUUAAUUUAAAAAAAAUAAAAAUGGGUUGCACAAAACUUGACGAUCGUUCUGACAAUUUUCUGUUACUCUUGACAGUGUUAGGAUCUAAAGUUAUUAGGACAGUUUCCAGGGUUCAUACAGAUUUGAACAGUGCUUGAAUUUGAGUGGUCAGAAUGAAAAACCCUUGAAUUUGUCAAAACUUCAUGAAAAAUGCUUGAAUUUGAGAUCAUCAUCUAAAAAAAAGUGCCAGAAUUGCGUAUUUCCACUGAUAAAUAUUAAAAUUUAUCUUCAGUAUGUUUAAAAAAAAAUCUGAUUAGCUGCUACUCGCUACUCAGUAUGUUGACUCCAAAUGAUCAGCUGCAGUUAACAUUACAUAUACUUAUGACGUGAAUGAACAGUGAAAAAUUCAAGUGCCGUAAAAGUAAUUGAGUUUAAAAAGAUGUUUUAAUUAGUUUUAAACCUGGUCUUUGUGGAUUGGGUGAGAAGAACAACACUUCACUUGUAUUCUUUGGAUACCAUUUAUAUCUUAUAACUCGUUUAAGAACAUAUCCAAACUCCGUUUGAAACAACAUCAAAGAUUGUUCUAUCGGCUAGUUGCAUUUUGAAUUAAAAAUGUAGCAAUGUAGAAUAUUGUCUUGCUUAAGAGGUUUACCUGUUUUUACAUCUCACAAUUUUUGCGUAAUUUUAGGAAAUUUUGUCCCUUUAUACUUUUGGAAGUAAAUUAUUCAUCCUCAUAAAUAUUUAUUUACAUGCUAGGGCUUUCUGAGAUGUGUUUCCAAGGUAUGCAGAUUAUUUAAUGGAAAAACUGAUUACCUCAAUCAUUGUCUAUCAUGUCCAAUGUCGGAGCUAGUGAGAAAAGAAGGCAACUUGAUAUUACAGAUAUUACUAUUUAGCAAUGAUUUACAGUUCAUUUUGAAUAAAUUUCAGGUUUUUAAUAAAUCUUUUACAAGACCUUUGUGAAAAGAAAAGCGUGGGAAUCAUAAUUAUGGUUAUGGGUUUCCUUUCAAAAUUUAGGCAAAUUGUAAAUGUUUCUCUCAUUUUAUAGAAAAAUAUUUUAAACCUAUGCUCUAGGUGAGAAUAGAAUUUUGGAGUAGAAAUAAUCAUGGAGCAUUUUUUAUAGAAAAAGAAAGAUAUUUUGGGGGGUUUUGUUAAGAGGUAUAUUUUGUAUACAUUUUGGCAUUGCAUUUUAACACUAUUGGCAGUAGAUAAACAUUUUAAUGUAAAACUAUACGUAUGUUGAUACAAAUUGAAAUAAGAAUGCACAUACGUAAUUGUUGAAGGUUAAAAUCUGAAUUUUUGUUGUCGCUAAUGUAUGUUAUUGUACAUUAUCAAGUUCGGGGUCCUUCAAAUAGUCAUAUGGUGAUCAGCUGUCUGUACUUCUGUCCAUCCAUCCGUGCCCCAGUCAUAUUGGGUUAAACGUUUCCCCCAACCUUGGUUACUAUUGUAGAGCAGGAGGUUAUAAAUUAAUCUCUUGGUGAUGGUUUUAUCUUAACUUAUUGUUAUUUGUCUUGAAAAUAAUAGGCAUAUUUAUAACAUUUCCUUUUUAAGAAGAAUAUACUUUUCUUCAAUGAUGUCUUUAUCAGUGUUUUAUUGUUUUGUAAAAAUAUUGUUUUUUUGCAUGUUGUGAGUCGUUCUUAAUUUAUGGUUCAUUGUGGUAGCAUUGGCAUAAUGAUUCAUGUAUUGCGGUAAACGUUAUUUGACACCCAAUAGCCAAUAUGUUUUUUUUGUUUUUGGUGCUGGGGUGUCGUUAACAUUCAUUCAUUCAUUUUCCAGAUAGCAGACAUAGUAAUGUGCAUUCACCCGUCUUCUGUAAGUGUAGUGAUAAUUGGAUGAUAAUAAGAUGUUGAUAUGACUCAUAUGGGCUGUUUAUCCAUUGAUACACUCGUGGGACUUGCAUUCGGUUUGUCGUAGCAUCUUUUACUGAUGUUCCCUUAUUUCCCCUUCUCUGUAUAAUAUUAUAGUUAAUGUAUAUAUACAGUGAUGGAUUUUCAGAAUGCAUAUGAAGUCUUCAGUGCCAUAUUCUUCAUUUUUCAUUUUCACAACAGUCUGGAACAAUUUUGAAGGAUUAGACAACUUGGUAUUUAUGAGGCCUUUACAAUAAUAACGAUGACAAGCUACCAAAAUGUUGAUGUUUCCCAGUCAAAAUGUGUUUCCCCAGUGUUAUUAAAAACAGUGCCCUUUAGUUUGGUGUUAAACAUGAAAAUGUCCCUCAUGUUUGUUAUUCAUGAAAAUACCCCUCAUCUUUGUGAUAUUAAUGAAUAUGUCCUUUAUGUUUGUGUUAUUAAUGAAUAUGUCCCUUUUGUUGUAUUAUUAAUGAUAAAUGUCCCUUAUGUUUGAUUUAUUCAUGAAAAUGUCCAUUUCGUUUGGUUAUGACCUUGUAUACAAAUGUCAUUGUUUUAUCAAGCUUCAUAUUCGAUAUUUGUUUUAAAAAAAGCCAUCUUUCGUUCCCACCCACCACCACUUGCUUCUUUUUCAGCAAGAAUCUCAUAUCAGAUGCCAUAUCAUUAAAGUAUUGUGAUGUACAACUGAACGCCGUUUAUUCCCUGGUCUUUAUACUGUGUUAAUACAUGUAUGUACUAGCAGGGUUUCUGCCAGAGGGUAAAAUGGGUAUGACACCAUACCCACAUUUUUUGCACAUUUUAUUUUUUAAGUAUACCUUUUGACAAAAUUAAUGACUGUUAU